AUGGUGACGGCGACGAAGGCUUCUGUCGCUCAUGACCCCAGUUCGGCUACAGUGUCGGGUCCAUGGACUACGAAUUCGUCAGCUCGAGAGCCCAAGAUGACAUAUUGCGCGUACUGCCCCAUGGUCAGUCCCCCUUUGAUGCCGCAUGAGCCGCGCCGCCGUCGUCGCAGCUCUCUCUCUGGAGUGCGCAGGCCGACCCCGGUGCCGAACGAGAGCGCGGUGGGGGUCGUGGGAGCCACGAGCCGACGCUGACGAUUGGUACACCACUCUACAGUCUUUUAAGAAGCUCGAGCAUGCUCAACGCCACGAACGAACGCGUGAGUCGUCUCUUCUUCGUCUGUCGUCCUUGGGCCCACACUAGCUCCGGAACUCGCAUUUCGACCGCCACAUUUUUCAGUCGGGGAUGCGCACCAGAUCAGGGGGCCCCGGCCGAUUUCGCCGCAGGAAAGUUGGGGGAAACGACUUCCGAUCAGCGGCACGAGCCCGCGGCUGGAAGCUAGACCCACCGCGCAGUGCAUACCACCCCGCCGCGAAGCCCGUCGACUUGUUGAUCGGACAUGGGCACGCCAAACACCUGCUCACAACAUGCACUCUCUCCCCCUACAGACACUCUUGAUCGACCUUAUGCUUGCUCGACGUGCGGCAAGACCUUUGCGCGACAGUAAGUGCUCAGGCACUGCCCUCAGUCAUUGUUUCGCUGCCCAAUUGGCGGCUGGUGUCGGGGGCUCGGCCUCGGAGGGCCAUCUCGUGGAGAAGCGCGCGCGCUCGCCCAGCCGUCAUCCAAAUCGUCGACUCGAGGUCAGCUGCCGAAACCCGGCCGCGCGCGGGCGUGAGAUCAGUGAAAACCCAUUGGGCUUCAUGGUCCGCCUCCGACAUUUUAGACGCACGUGCUCCUAUGUUACGCUCUCGCCAGCACUCGAGAGCACGAGGACGUCCAACACACCCAUACAAAUGGCGCAUGUCGAGGUUCAUGGCCUGACUGACACUGGCGCACGGUUUAUACGCCCACAGGGACACGUUGAACCGGCAUGCCCGCCUGCACGAUCGGAAAGCCGAGGACAUUUCGGCAGCAAAGGCGGUUCGAAAAAAGCGCGCGUCGACCUUGUCACCCCCGACCGUGUCGAACAAGAAACUCGAAAAGACUCCGUCGCUCAAGAGCGGCGCCAACACCAAGACUCAGCCCUCCGCUGCAGCGAACAAGUCUGCACCCGGGCCGGCGCCACCACCGAACAAUCCGUGCCUCGCACCUUUCAAUUUCCCGCUCGUCCCCAAGGUCGUCGUCCCACCGUCGUUCCCGGCUUACUCUAAGCCUGCGGAGCUCCUGUCGGGCCUCGUCGACCUGGCGCACGAGCCGACGGUAUUUCCACAGCGACGCUAUUCGGACAACGUCAUGACGCUCGCCUCGAUGCCCCCCAACGUCCGGAGGCCUCGUGCCCAUACGCUGGCUGGACUUCCCGAGGCAUUGGGGUCCUUCUCGCUCGUAGGAAGCCCCGAGUCGAACGGGAUCGCGAGCUCGUCUGGCGAGUCGGACAGCGACGAUGUGGAGAGCGACGAUGACGACGAUGACGACGGAAGUGACGAUGAAUCUUCGCAGACCAACUCAACAACCCACGGUCACGACAGAAAACUGCUGUCGUUCGAGCAUCGGGUCGCAAGCGAGUAUCCCUCGCCGGUGUUCACGUCAUGUUCGCCUGUGGAUCUACAUCGUGACACGCUUAGCGAUCUCGAGGCCAUCCUUGCCAACGACCCGCUGCACUCUUCAUUGGCUCACACGACCCACUUCCGACUUGGCGCCGCGAACCCAGAGGACGGCUUCGACUUUAAUUCCUUUGCGGCAUCGGUCGAGAACCCGGGCCACGGCAGUUUGGAUGACCUGCUCGGUGGUGAAAGUAGGGUCAAGUCGCCCGAGGAACGGUACCCGACACCCCCCUCGUCGGCUCUCCAGCCCCAUCUCCAGCCUCACGUCCCGCCAGUCGAGUUCGACUUCGCGGCCUCGUUCCAGGCUGCAGACCGUGAGCGUCGCGAGCAGGCGACUCGAGAGGAGGCAGCACAGUUCCUCCAUCAGGCCGCGCAGCAGGUCCCGACUGCGCGCGUCGUGCCAUUAGCGUUGGGCGAGCUCAACUCGGUCGCAAACCCUUUCGUUUCCUGCGCACCGUACAACAUCCCCCUCUUGAACCUCAACUCCCCCUCGGUCGCGCCAGUCAACCUCUCGUCGCCUACCAUCUCUCUUCCCCAAACGUUGCCAUCGGUCUCGAUCUCCUCGGCAUCGCCUUCGAAUUCGACUCCUAGCUCACAAUCGGCUUCCUUAAACUCGGCUUUCGCUUUGGCCUACGCGUCAUCGUUCCCCUCGAUGAUGACGAUGCCUAACGGCCUCGGCCUCACGACCGGACCCGAGUCGGCCAUGGCGGAUCCCACAACGCAGCUCUUGCUUAACGCCUACAAGCGCUCGCAGACCUCGUCGUCGCCCGCAUUUUACAUGCCCGCUGAAGUCCCUCUCGACGCUCAAGCCGGGACCAUCAGCUCGCACCCGUCCUCACGACUAGGCCUCCCCGUGCCUACAUGGUCCUCCGUAGCCCGGGGAGAAGGCGCAGAACGCGCUGAACCCGCGAGCUUGUUCGUCCUCUAG